AUGGAUCAAGCUGAGCAGGCUGUACGCGCAUUCGAAAGCACAAACGCAUCGCAAUAUGAAAGAUCCCCAAGGGCCGUCCACUGGCUGAUCCCUCACCUCAUCUACGCUUUCAACAUCAACAACUAUCUGCGUGGGAUGCGACGACACCUCAGACGUUUGAACUAUACCGCAGCCCGGCAAUAUGUGCUUAAGAAGCUCGUCUCGUCUUACGUACAGGAGACAGAACAUCCCUUGGAUAGGGAGCAAUUCGACAUGGCGAUCUUCUACUUCGAAGGGUACUUUGUCUGGUUUUUGGAAUACGAGAAAAGGAUGAGGGCGCAGGGGAACAAUCCCUGGCAGAGAAAGGCCCAAUGGAGGCGACUUCGCUAUGUUUUCAGCCGGAAGUGA